AAAUAAAUAAAUAUUUAAAGGUGUAACAAAUUACAAAAGAAAGACUUCGUUUUUGAAGGAAGCUCUCCAGAGCCACAUUUUUUCUAGCUGGUUAUUUUCCCGGAAAAUUCCGGUGAUAUCUCACAAAAAAAAAGAAAAAGUAUGAUCAAACACAAGAGAUUCGUUGACUAAUAUCCAGACUGAUUGAUAUUAUUAAGGCCAAUUCUACCCAAUCUAUCUUUUUCCAUCAGAAAUUGAAUUGAAGGCAGCAGCUUUGUCUAAAAUUGAAUUGCAGUGGUUGGUCUUGGCAAUGGCAUAUGACCUGACUUUUACCAUUUUUGGGUCUCAAAUAUGGAUCAAAUAUCAACAGAAUUGAGGAUCUUCUUCUAUAUUUUAUGUUUCUGGCUUCUUCUUUUUUUCUUAUUUUAAUAUUCAAAGAUGGCAGAAGGCAUAAUUACAAGUACACCACUGGUUUCACUACCUGAGUUGAUCUCUCAGACCAUAGUUGCCAUAUUUGAUUGCAUUCAUGCAGCCAAGGGUGUACUUACUCAGAUGGAGAAUUUCGAGAAAUUCUCAAAUUACUUGGAGAAGAUCACAUUUAUCUUAAAGGAGCUUUCCAAGUCAUAUGUAGAUGAGUCAGAGAGCUUACGAAAAGCUUUGGCUAUUCUGAACCUGGAGGUUAAAGUUGUGAAACAGCUAGCACUUGAGUGUGGAACUAGAAACAAGGUUUAUCUCUUCAUCAGCUGCAGGAAAAUCUUGAAGCAGUUAGAGAACAGCACAAAGGAGAUUUGUCAAGCACUAAGUCUCAUCCCCUUGGCCUCUAUUGAUGGUCUAUUGAGAAUCAGUACUAACAGGUUAUGCAAGGAUAUGCUGGAGGCUGAAUAUAGUCCAGGAAUAGUGGAGGAUGAAAUUUUGGAGAAGAUUGAGUCUGCUACACAGGAGAGGAAUGUUGACAGAUGUUAUGCAAAUUAUUUGCUUGUUUCUAUUGCUGAGGCAGCUGGGGUUCCUGAUGUGCAAUUGGCCCUAAAGAAGGAGUUUGAAGAACUAAAGAGUGAAAUAGAAGAUUCAAAACUGGGUGUAGACGCAACUGAAGCUAGAAGAAUGGAAGAGAUUGUUAUGUUGCUUGAAAAGGCUGAUGCUACAACAUCCUAUGAGGAGAAAGCAAAGAGGUACCUAGAUCAGCGAAAUUCUCUUGGUAGGCAACCUUUGGAUCCUUUCCAGUCGUUUUAUUGCCCUAUCACUAUGGAUGUCAUGGUUGACCCUGUGGAGAUUUCCUCUGGUCGGACAUUUGAGAGAAGUGCCAUAGAGAGGUGGUUUGCAGAUGGAAACAAGCACUGUCCAUCAACCUCAAUUCACUUGGACAGUUUGGUUUUACAGCCUAACAACACUCUUCGACAAUCAAUUGAAGAAUGGAAAGAUAGGAACAAUAUGAUCACUAUUGUUUCCAUCAAACCUAAACUUCAGUCAAAUGAAGAGCAAGAAGUGCUUCAAUCUCUCUGCGAGCUGCAGGAUCUAUGCACAGAAAGGGAGCUGCACAGAGAAUGGGUGACUUUUGAGGAUUAUAUACCAAUUCUCAUAGGACUUCUUAGUGCAAAAAAUCGUGAAAUAAGAACACAAGCUCUAGCCAUUCUAUGCAUUCUUGCAAAAGAUAGUCAUGAUAAUAAGGAAACAAUUUCAAAUGUAGAUCAUGCACUUGAAUCCAUUGUCCGGUCACUUGCCCGCCAAAUAAAGGAAAGCAAGUUAGCAUUACAGUUGUUAUUGCAACUAUCAAGAAACAGUGCAGGGCGAGAUGCCAUUGGAACCAUUCAGGGCUGUAUAUUUCUUGUAGUUACUAUGCUAAACAGUGAUAAUGCUCAAGCUUCUGGAGACUCAAGAGAGCUUUUGGAUAAUCUUUCUUUCCUUGAUCAGAAUAUUAUAGAGAUGGCGAAGGCUAACUAUUUCAAACCUUUGUUGCAGCUUCUUUCUUCGGGACCAGAUAAUGUUAGAUUGCUCAUGGCUAAGACAUUGUCAGAAAUUGAGUUGACUGAUCAUCAUAAAUUGUCCCUAUUUAAAGAUGGGGCACUAGGACCUCUUCUUCAGUUACUCUCUCAUGAUAAUCUACAGGAAAAAACAGUGGCAGUUAGAGCCCUUCAGAACCUGUCAAACUUGCCCCAAAAUGGCCUGCAGAUGAUUAAAGAAGGUGCACUUGAACCAUUAUUUGAAAUUCUCUAUCGUCAUAGCUUGUCUUCCCCAAGUUUGCGUGAACAGGUAGCAGCUGUAAUUAUGCACCUUGCUGAGUCAACUAAUACUGAAGAAGCUGAUCGUGAGCAAAUCUCAUUGCUGAAAUCUGAUGAAGAUAUCUUCAAACUAUUUUCUCUGAUUUCCUUAACGGGACCUGACGUUCAAAGAAACAUUCUCCAAGCUUUUUGUGAAAUGUGCCAAUCUUCUUCAGGUCUGGACAUCAGAGCAAAGUUGAGACAGCUCUCUGCUGUCCAAGUAUUGGUUCAAUUAUGCGAGGUAGACAACCAUUUGGUGAGAGCAAGCGCAGUGAAGCUAUUCUGUUGCUUGACAGUAGAUGGUGAUGAUACUAGUUUUCAGGAGCAUGUUGGUCAGAGAUGUAUUGAUACAUUACUCAGGAUCAUUAAAACUUCAAGUGAUGAAGAAGAGACUGCUGCUGCAAUGGGAAUUGUCUCCAAUCUUCCGAAGGACAUAGAGAUGACUCAGUGGCUUCUAGAUUCUGGGGCACUGGAUAUAAUAUUCGUUUCUAUGACUGAUGGAAAUCGAAAUGCCUCGCAUAAGAAGCAGGAAAUAGAGAAUGCUGUUAGAGCACUUUGUCGUUUCACCCUUUCAACAAAUAAGGAAUGGCAGAAAACAGUAGCUGAAGCUGGCAUUAUUCCAGUGUUGGUACAGUUACUAGUUUCUGGUACUUCUUUGACAAAGCAAAAUGCAGCUAUUUCGCUUAGACAGUUUUCAGAAAGUUCCACUUCCUUGAGCCAUCCAGUAAAGAAGACAAAAGCUUUUCUUUGCUGCUUUGCUGCAACAGAAACAGUUUGCCCAGUACACCAGGGAAUAUGUAGCGUGGAAUCUUCCUUCUGCAUUUUAGAGGCUAACGCUGUAGAGCCCCUUGUUAGGAUUCUUGGGGAGGGAGAUCUUGGAGCCUGUGAAGCUUCUUUAGAUGCACUCUUGACUUUGAUUGAUGAUGAAAGACUGCAAAAUGGUUGCCAAGUGCUGGUCAAAGCCAAUGCCAUACCUCCAAUUAUAAAAUUACUGAGUUCGACUUCGACCAUAUUGCAGGAGAAGACACUUCGGGCUUUAGAAAGGAUGUUUCGGCUGGCUGAGAUGAAGCAGACAUAUGCAACUUUGGCCCAAAUGCCAUUAGUUGACAUUACUCAAAGAGGUAGUGGUGGACUGAAAUCCCUGGCCGCUAAAGUACUGGCUCAAUUGAAUGUUCUAGGUGAACAGUCUUCAUAUUUCUAAACCAGAUAUAAUUCAUCCAAGGUUCCCCUUACUCAGGGAUGAAGAACUAUCCUCUCCCAAUACUCUGCUUGCUUGCUUGAUUGGUCUGAAAUGAUUGGUCAGAGUUUGUUGGUUCAUAAUUGAUUUAAAAUUCUUUCCAGAAAGAGAACAUUCACCAGUUUAUUCAUAUUCAGUGUAAACCUUUCUUUCACCAAGUAUAUUCAGGGUAAUUAACAGAAAAGUUCUUUUCUUCCUUAA